AGGUCACACCAAACUUUUUCUUCUUUUCUUUUAAGAAAAAAAAGAAGAAACAGUUGUGUUCAAAAAUGUUUUUUGUUGUGUCUUUCCUCUGUGUGACGUCUCCGAGCCAUGUGAUCAGGGCGGCGGUAUUAAUCCAGAGAGAAGACCCGCCCCCUGUGAGAUCCAGGUUGACCCUAUUUGCAGGUCUCCCCCCACGCGCUGUUCUCUUUCUGGGGUUUCUAAAACCCUGAAAACUCAAACAUAUGGACACACUGAGAACCCGAGCGGAUCUUUCCUCAUUUAUGAGUUUUUGACGCAGAUUGUGCGUCUUCCUCAUCCGGCGUCGGAGGGCACGGUCUCGGGUGAGCCAUGACUCUGAGCUCAGGGAUGUCUGAUUCCUCCAUCCUUUCGGAAGAAACCGACAUCGACGUGGUCGGCGAGGGCGAGGAUGGAGACCAGCAGAUGCACGACGGCAUCCUCCUGACCGGCUCUCCUCCUCAUCCUCCUCCUCAGUGCCUGGACAGCUCCACCUCCACCUCCUACAGCAAGCCGGCGGGCAAGAACACCCUGGUGAAGCCUCCCUACUCCUAUAUCGCCUUAAUCACCAUGGCCAUCCUGCAGAGCCCUAAGAAGAGGCUCACUCUCAGCGAGAUCUGCGACUUCAUCAGCAACCGCUUCCCGUACUACCGGGAGAAGUUCCCCGCCUGGCAGAACUCCAUCAGACACAACUUGUCCCUCAAUGACUGCUUUGUGAAGAUCCCGCGGGAGCCGGGCAACCCCGGGAAGGGUAACUACUGGACCUUGGACCCCGAGUCGGCUGAUAUGUUUGAUAACGGGAGCUUUCUGCGGCGGAGGAAGCGCUUCAAGCGGCAGCAGACGCAGGACUUGCUGCGGGAGCACAACGCCUUCCUCCCAUCCGCAGCCGCCGCUGCUGCGUACGGAUACGCGCCGUACGGCUGCGCUGGAUACGGCAUCCAGAUCCAGUCCUACCACACACACUCUGCGCUUUAUGCCUUCCAGCAGCAGCAGCAGCAGCACUCCAGGCAUUCAGGAACCAUGAUCCCAUCACCGCCUCUGAUGCCCACAAGCACGGACUUACCCAGAAACAGGUUCUACCCGCAGCUCGGCUCCAACCUGGGCUCCGUCAGCGCACAGGCCGCCUCCCCGGUGCAGAAGUCCGCCUCUCCGCUGCAGCGGUCCCCCUUCUCCAUAGAAAGCAUCAUCGGAGGCUCUCUCAGCCCCUCCAGGACUUCUCCGGCGGUUGUCCCGGUCUUACCGACCUCUUUGGGACUUCCAAGCCAGCCGCAAAGCGCGCGCCCCGAAGCCGUUUUACACCCGGUUGAAAACUUUCCGAGCAGAAUUCUGGGCGGCACAUAGCGCCCGUUAGAUCGGUUAAAAAGAAUCAGCAGCAAAAACAAAAACAAGCAAAAAACGCCCCUCUGAACUGAAGGUAGGAUUAUUUUUGUAUGCUUGUUUGAUAGCAGCUGAAUGAUGGACAUGAAAACACUACCUGUGCCUAUAUUCAUGCUGUUUAUAUAUAUAUAUCU